AUUUGGAAGAGGAUACAAUACUAUUUGAUUUAGGAAUAAGCUCAAAAUGGUGUCGUUCAUGUGGUGAAUGCAGUUUGUGAAUGAUCUUCAUGCUCUCAUUAGCCCUGUUCCCAAAGGGACUCCACUCCCGCUUCUUCUGCUCCGAAAGUCUAAAAACGCGUUGCUCUCUACAUUCUUGUUCCUCGAUCAAAUUGUGUGGCUUGGCAGGACUGGGAUUUACAAGGACAAAGAACGCGCUGAGCUUCUUGGACGUAUAUCCCUCUUCUGUUGGGUGGGCUCAUCGGUCUGCACAUCCUUGGUUGAGGUUGGGGAGCUUGGUAGGCUGUCAGCAUCAAUUAACAAGUUAGAAAAGGAGAUAGGGAAUAAGGAUAAACAUCAGAACGAGCAGUACCGUGCGAAACUAGAGAAAUCGAAGGAGAGGUCGUUGGCACUGGUGAAAGCAGGGAUGGAUGUAGUUGUUGCUUUUGGAUUGCUUCAACUGGCUCCGAAGAAAGUCACUCCACGAGUCACAGGCGCUUUCGGAUUCGCCUCCUCUCUUAUCUCUUGCUACCAGUUAUUGCCGUCACAUGCCAAGUCCAAGACGGUCUGAGAAAAGGGAAAGAUAGAAAAGUUAUGUAGCUAGUUUCAGGCAUGUCCAGAUGUGCCAUAUAUAUCUAUAUAUAUAGUCUUGGUAAUUUGUGUUUCCCCUGUUUUUU